AUGGAUGCUAAUAAGAAAAUUAAAGAUGUUCAUAAAAAUUUUGGUGGACAUCUUGGAAGUUUGAAUAGUUGGAAGCAGCAGGCCAGGACAGUGCUUGACGGGGCGAUUGGGAAGGCGACGGAAGUGUAUACCAAGUUGGAUCCUGAUCAAAAUGUUGACGCUACAAAACAUCCCGUUGGACAUCGGAUUCAUCAAAUAAGCACAAAUAACUCUGAUAUUCAGUCUGCAAAUGGCUUACUUAAAACUGAAGUUGAGCAUUUGAAUAAGUGGAAGACUGCGGCCGGGGAUGUCAUUGACAAGGCGGAGGUGAAGUGUGAUGAGAUACUUAAGAAAGUUAGCACUAAGUCCUCCGAAAGUGUAAUUUUCACGCAAGCUGAAAUUUUACAAAAGAAAGGUACGACACUUUUGAAGGCUGCGACGCAGGCUAAGCAGCAAGUUGGGACAUUGGUCACUGAAGCACUGAAGGCUGUUGUGGAAAUGGACGGAGAUCUCAAGAGGGAUUUGAGGACAGUGAGAGAGGAGAUUAAGAAAGGUAUAGAGAGUGUGAUUAAUACGUUGAAGGUUAAGGAGUUGGAUGGUUUGGUGAAACAGGAUUUGGGGACGUUGAGGGGGAAGAUUUUGGAGCUUGCCAAUGGUGUGCAAAAUGAUAAGGCUGGCGGUAAUGGUCUUGUAAGUGGGCAACUGAAAAAACUGGGAGAGGCGAACACGCAGUUUAAUGAGAAAACUACGGCAAUUCAGCAAGCGGAAAGAGAGCUUGGAGAUAAGUUCAAGAAUCAGAUCCAAAGUCCGCUUACCCAGGCGGUAGGUGCAGUUGACACGGCGAUUGGGACGCUUGGCGGGAAGUUUGAGUUGAGAGGCGGAAGUGAAAAGAAACGUGAAGAGAUUUUUAAACAGAUUAAAGAAAAGGUUGGGGAGAUUAAGGGGGAGGCAGGAAUGUUUGCUCCAAAUGGUCAAUGGAAUCCCCCGGGCUCAGGCCUGGAUGGUAUUAAGAGUAAGGUGGGAAAUUAUUUCAAUGCGUUCAGCGGGAGUAAGUUCAAGAAUAUAGUGAAGGGCUGGAUUGAGAAGACUAUUUUGCCGCAUAACGGUUUGGUCAGUGAUAGGAUUAACGACAAGAUUUUUGGAGGGAGUAGAGAGAACUCUAUCCAGAAAAUGGCAGGUGAAAUUAAGGAUGCACUUGGCGGCGAAGCAACUGAAGCCGGUGGAGUGGUUCAAGCAAAAAGCGGCGGUGCAGAAGACAUCGCAAAACGCAUCCAAGCUGUGAAGGAGGGUUGCGAGGCAUUUGCCAAAACGCUUGAUGAGAAGCUGAAGAAAACGGACAGUGCUGUCUCUGGCAUAGUCUCUAAGGUUAAGGGGCUGUUGACACACAUACAAUCCACCGCAAAAUGCAUAUGCUACUGCACCCACUGCAGCGGCGAAGAAUGUAAAAGAAAAUCCUUCAUCGCCGCCGUACUCUGUGCCCUCACCUCUACAGCCCGGCAGGUGGGCAACGAACUGAAGUCCGUGCUGCUCGAUCCACCAAACGGAAACAGCAUCGCAUCCAUCCUGGACACUAUCACUCCGAUUGCUAAGGAACUUGAUGACAAGCUUCACAAUUCCCUUCCUCCCCCCGGCCAAAAGGAAAGCCCCGCCCAUGCUGUGGACAAGACGUUGGAGGCGGUGAGGGAUUUCGUGAGUGGAACAGGUGGCAAAGAGAAUAUUACCAACACGUUUAAAAACAAUGUCAAAGGACCACUUAAGACAGUGGUUGAUCAACUUCCCACCGCCGUCUCCACCUUCAACUCCACCGCCGAACAGCAGAUCAGGGCUGCCGCCCAGACGGCGAUCAGCAGGGCGGCGGAGCAGAUUAGUUCCACCAGUGAUCCAAAGGACAUUGACUUGUCGCAGAAAAUGAAUACCUUCAACUCUCAGUUCACUCAAAUCAGAGAUAACCUCAAUAAAAGACUUGAUGAGCAAGUUGACGAGCACAUUGGGCAGGAUGUUCAGGCAGGUCAGCAGGGUGGUCAAGCUGAGAAAGUCACCAUUACUAGUACAAAUUUCAAGAAUUAUAAUGAUCACGUUAAACAAGAAGAGAUUAAGCAAGGCAAACUACAAGGCAUCACAUCUGAAGGCCUCCUCCCCAAGGCCAUCGGGAAGAUCAGGGAUGAGGGGCUGCAGCCGCUUGAAGGUGUUAUUGGUGAUGGUGUCGGUAAAAUGUCUGAGGAAGAGACAUUUAAAAAGCCUUUCCAAGAAAUUCAGAGUGAGCUUGAAGGGAUCAGGACAUUGGUUGAGAAGCAGCAGCCGCCAGGCCCGGACGCUGAAGGUGUAAAAGAUCUGUUGGAGAAGCUUCAAGAUGCACUGAAUACAGGGAGGUUGGAAAAAGCUGAUAAAGGCCUCCACGCAAUUUGUGAUGAGAUUAGUAAGCUGCAAAAAGAACCGUUUGGUACUAAACCCGGCGAAAUUGAGAAAUCCGUCCAAGCAAUUAAGACGCAGCUUCAACAGCUUAGGGGGAAAUUACAAAAUCCUAAGGGUCAAAAAGUAGAUGUAAUUUUGACAUUGAAAGAUUUGAGAGAGAAGGGUAUUAAUAGUGAUUGGACAUUUGAAAGAAAGUGGAACACAAUCGAUAAUUUAACAACAAUCCAGAAGCAUCUUAAAAAGCAGAAUGAUGAAUUGCCUAAACAGACAACAGAAAUCGAUGAGGCCAUUAGAGAAAUUACUUGGCAACUUCACCUCACAAGAUUCAAGUUGGAUCAUAAACACAGCACCGAUGAUAUCACCGACCAGUUGAAGUGGCUGGGCAGGAAACUCGGCAAAAAUGGAGACAAGGAUCGCGUUAACCUUCAAGACAUUCAUUAUACGAUUUCAUGGCUGCAACAAAAUCAUUUUACCAAUUGUCCCCAAAUCAUCCAGGGAGCCAACUCAGCAAUCAAAGCGGAACUCAAAGCGCAGAGGAGCACGCUGGACAGUGACGUCAUCAAGACGCUGACCAAUUUGAUGACCAAUGGGCUGAGUGAACAGGCAAGUUGGAAGCUUUUUAAUGGUAGUGAUGUUAAUGGUCUCCAAAAAAUUAUGAGUGACCUCAGCACUCAACAAAGUGAGUUGCACAAACAGCCCACUGAAAUAAAGCAAGGCGUCGACAAAAUCACCGAUGAGCUUACAAGGCUGAGGAAGCAGUUGCUGGGUGAGGAUGGCAAAGAUGCAGAUAAAAGAGGCGUGAUAAGGAAUAUGGACGACGUGAUUGAGAAGAUUGGCAGAGGCAAAGGAAAUGGACUUGAAGGCAUUGAAAAAGCAAUUGCAGAGCUCAACAGGGAUACAGUCCCUGACAUCAACAAAUUCCUUGGUGAACUGUGCGCCAAGAUUGCGAGCGAAGCCGGUAGUGUGGAUUGGAAGUUGGGGCUUUUCAAAGAUCAUAACAUCGACAAAGACCUCGCAAAAAUCAAGACACAAAUUGACACCCUCCGCAUCCGUGACCUCCAGGAGGCCAUCGCCAUGUGCGACAAGUUCCUCACCAACGCCGAUUACAUAAAAUGGGAGAAAGUAGAAAACAUUGAACGCUUCGUAGACAGUGAGAUUGAAAAGGCAAUCGCGGAGCUCACCAAGGAGGCGCGGCGUGACUACGUGGAGUCCGCGAAGGACGCGCUGAAACACUUUGCCGACAAGGUGGCCGAGGAGCUGGGGGAGCUGCCCGGCGAGAUAAACAGGGAUCUCUUCGUGGGCUUCAAGGGCUUCAUGAGGCAGAUGGAGGCAUUGUCCUCCGCGUUCCAGAAUUUCUUCGCGCCGCUCCACGAGUAUCUCCGUGAGGAGAUUGAGAGAGUGAAGAAGCAGAGUGACGACGAAAAGAAUCCCUCACUGCCGAAGUCGGAAGAGCCCUACGCCGCCGAGUGGGACGCCGUGCACAGCGAUGUCAACGCCCUGCUCAAUUACCUCUGCGUGACGCAGGGCUUCGACGACAGGCUGCGAGGCCUGCUCCACAACCUCACCGACGCGCUCACACAGCUGAGGCCGCAGGGCUUCCAGAAGCCCUCCACUCCCACGCUGGACUCCGUGAGCAGGGGACUCAGUGCCUUCGUCGGGGAGUUCGGCGGUGCGUACAUCUCCACUUACUCGGGCGCGGAGUGCCGGGAGGCGGACGCCGACAAGUACGCCAAGGUGUUGCUUAGCAUGAUCCCGAUGACGCACGAGGCGCUUAGCAACCUGGUAGCCAAAUGCGGCACCAACUGGCGAAGCUAUAAGAUAUGCAAGCUCACCGGCGACGACAGGGACAACGGCCUGGGCAACUACCUCACUAAAUGCGGCUUCAAGGUGUCACCCACCGACGGACUCCAGGUGGGGGAAUUGCAAAACCACGGCGACAUGAACGGUGAGCAAAUUCAUGCUUUGCUUAACUCCCCAGUUGAUGUCAGCGUCAAAAUGCUGAUCGACGGCAAGCCUGCGGAAAACGGAAUUAAUGUUGUCAACUUAGUUGGUCUUCUUCAUAACAUGCUUUGUCGCUACCUCCAGGUCUGCCACCUUAAAGUACACGAAUCGCCCAGGUACCCCUGCACGGUGAGGGACAUGUUGUCUUGGCUCUCAGGCCUGCAGUACACUCCGGUGGCGGACAAACUGCCUGACCACUGCAGGGCGUUGCUCAACCGCAAGUGCGACGAUAGCGAUACGCCCAACAGGGACGACGCUAUCAUGGCACGGUGCAUCAACGGCCUGCCGUUCACUAUCGCAGAAGCGUGUGCGCACUCCAACUCACUGCUCGUAAGUAUCCAAGGCCAUGGCCGCGGCUUCGACCUGGCCGCCUACCCCUACUCCGUCGACUUCGCCAACAACCGCGCACAGCUGUACUACCCGGCUGACCCUGCAGAUCUCUUGGAUAUACUGAGAAACAUACUCUGCCGUCUGUGCCCCGUGCUGUAUUUCCUCUACGCCCAGUGCUGCCGUGCCACCGCCACAACCAAGGGCUGGCGGGAGUGCCACUACGGUCGGCAGGUGCCGUCCUCCCACUGGCAAUGUAACCCAUUAAACAAGCAGGCCACCGACGCAAGUCACAACUGCCCGCCCACCUCGCCGCUCCAGUCCUUCCUCACCGACAGCUGUCCUAACCUCCUGCCGCAUAAGCUUACCGCUACUGACAAUGCCAUCGAAUGCGUCGACUGCCCCGGCAAUCAACCCGGCCAGCAGUGCCUCACCCCGCUCGGCUUCUGGGACCUCGGCCUCGCUGCCUCAGUAGAGCGCACCGGCAGGGAACUUGCGAAGUCACUCGGCCGUCUCUGCAGUGACGCCGACGCCUGCCUCUUCCAACUCUGCCGAACGCUGCGCUUGCUGUGCCCCUCAGCACCGCAGUCACUCGGCGACGUGUUCGCGCUGUUCUUCCAAAUGCUCAGAAUGUGGGAUCACGAAUCGUCCCGGCGUGCGUACUCUCACCAUGAGAGUUACCUAACGCAUCUGAGCGAUGAGGCCAUCGACAAGCUGUUCCCUCUGUGGACACAGCUCCACGGCAGUUACCAGAACAGCAAUCUCACCGACGCGCUCAAGGCACUCGCCGGGCACGACCAUGACAACUCAGGGCACAAUGCCCUCUCAAGCCUCUCCGCCGAGCCCCCUUGUCAAUCACCCAGUGGAUGCGCCCCCUUCCUCCAGCCGCUGGCGCUGCACGCCAACCACACCUUCCCGCAGAAGCACGCACAGCUGUAUGUCUCGUGGAUAGUGUGGCUGGCAUGGCAGCUGUGGGAGCUGCUGGAGUCCCUGCUGGACGCCUUGAACAACAUCGACUGCACGGCCCACGGCUGUGCCACGUGCCUCUGUCAGCCAAGCAACCACAACGACAAGGACUCCUGCCACUGCCCGUCACUCGUCGAAUGUGGCGGACCUCUGCCGACACUCUACCGCUACGGAUUCACGUAUCGCAACGCCCACGCCCUGCUCGCCGGCAGCCAGAAGAUACGGUGCAGUGACCUCAACGACCAACUCACCAAGGCACUCCACUCCGACCACUUCACUCAACUGUUCCACCAGAUCGACCAACUCCUCUACACCAUCCGUAUGCCCUUCCUCUUCGCCAUCACAGCGCUCUGGCUCACCGCCACGCUCUACAUCGCCCACUCACUCCUCUACCGCAUGGACGUCCUCCGCAUCCGCUCCCACCUCCUCACCACCAGGGCCUCCCACCUCAUCGACGUCAAGGCGCUGCUCGCCGGCAGCCGCAGGAUGCUCUCACUCUACAAGGACGUCGACUACUUCGACGACGACUUUCACUCGUGA